GCUGGACAGACGUCAUACGGCAGUAAUGGCGGCUUCCUGAAGGUUUCGCGGAGCGUGCUGGUCUGCUGUGCAGGGAGUGUUUUCAGAGUUUAGUGUCAGUGGUCUGAACUCCGCGCUGUGCGCAGGGCUGCUGUAGAGGAUGGCGGUUCAGGGCGCGGGGGUCGAGACGGCGCUGAGGCGCCUGCUGAGCAGAGAGCGCGGGCGGCCCGUACUAAAGCCCAACAAGCCGCUGCGCCUCAAGGACGAGGUGGCCAACCGGAGACCAGAGAAAGGAGAGGCCACAUGUAUCACAGAGAUGUCCAUAUUGAUGGCUUGCUGGAAGCAGAAUGACUUCAACAACACUGUGUGCUCCAAUGAAGUGUCUGCAUUCUACAGAUGUAUAGAAAAGGCUCAGGCUGAGAGAGAAAAAGCAAAGCGCCAAGCUCUUGGCCAGGGAGGACGACUGCUGCCAAAACAGGCCAAUAAACUCCUGAAAAGAUAUCCCAACUUGAGGCAAGAGAUCUAGCUCCAGCUGCCUGGAUGUAUUCAACUAUGGACUCCUGGGUGUGAAAGACAGGGACCAUGUGCAGCGAUUUUGGACUGAGAGUUUGGGCAAUGAAUCAGCAAAUCCACACAGACAAUUUAUGUUGAAUGCAGUGGUUUUGGGCGUGGCUUUAAGAGAUGCUGAGAUUUUCCAUUCCGAAUAUCUCUAGUAGACUGCAUAACUUCUGCCACACAGGUCUAGAGGUUUGCCAGACCUAAUUGGUCACAUUAUCAGCAGCAGAUAGUGGCAAAGUAAACUUUUUUUACAGGACUGUGGAUGAACAUCUGCUUAUUACUGUGUUUAGUUGAGUCUAUCAUAGAUCAGCCUGUCAAAGCAGUAUAAGACAAAUCGAUGGCGAUUUUGCUGCAGUUCACACCUUGUGAUCUUUGAAUGAUUGUGAAUUAUUAUUAUUAUUGAUGUUCGUGUACUGACAUCUGUUGACAACUUAAAUGUUAUCGAUUUGAUUAAAUUGAUGUCCUGUUCUUUUAUCCCAUCUGCUGAAUUACCUGUUGUCAUGCAGUCAGUUUAUUACAUAAUCUUAUGUCGCUUGUUGUUCGCAUCGGUCCUUAUUGUGCAAAUGUAGAUCUGUUGGGCAUCACUUAGUGGAUAGGGUUACAGACUAAGACAUAAAUCAGCAUUUGACUGCUGAUUUAGUGGCUUGAAUAUUGUUUAGAUUUGCCAUUACACUCUUCGGUCAAUGUUUGUGCUAUUCCAUAUGAUAGUGAAAACAAUAUAAAGUUACUGAUCUUUGUGUACUUGUUUUAAUUUCUUAUUAAUUUAGCCUUGAUUAGUGUUCAGAAAGUACUAGCUGUAUUGUCAAGUGCAUCUGGAAUAUUGCCAGUUGGUCCUGCGAUAACACUGUCCACCAUUUCCUUAGACUCGUUAUCUACCCCACUGUCAAUAACCUCACUAAAUAGCAAAAGGAAAUGAUGUCUGCUACAUUACAGGAGGCCUGUCUACCACACUAAUGAAACAAUCAGCUUUUAGAAGCUGGGCUAAUCAAAGAGCUUCCAACCACUAAAAAUACUCUACAGCUGGGAGCAAGACCACUUCCUGCUGUCUACAGUGGCAGAGCGGAACUGGCUGAGGGCAGCGCAUGAGUUCCAGAUUUAUUGUGAAAUACUUUAAGCUGCCUGCAAUGGUGACCUUUCCCCUCUGCUUGAAAUCUGUAGUAAACUGCAGGAUGUUAAUUGGGCAGGUCCAGUUCCAAGUGCCCACAUCGAUUCAAAACAGCUGAACGUCACUCUAAGAAGAUAGCAUGGUCUGGUGCCAAGCAAUGCAACCACGCCUUAGAAGAUAAGAGUCUUUAGCAUUGGUUUUAAAUGCUUUGAUGCCUGAUUAAUAGUGAGAUUUCAGCUAAAUAAAAUACACAGCGGUUUUGAUAGAAUAAGAAAAUUGUAGUUUAUAUAUACGAUUUAUAAAUGUUGUUCUUGGGACAAAACCUUGCAUCCCCAUUUUUGUUAUUUAUCAUUUUACAUAAUUUGAAAAGCUUUAUUUUUUUAAAUGGUCCAAAAUUGGUUGGGGGGAAAAAAUAUUUAUCCGUUCACUUCCAUUAAAAGUUAAGAAUGUUUUUCCUUCACCUUCGAAGAUACUAUUUGGAGAUAUAAAGUUUUGUGCAGACAGCAGCGAAAUACAUACGUAUGUGUGUGUGUGUGUGGAAAAUGAGAGAAUGCACUACCUCUGCGUUUUGGACAACGAGUUGUGUAAGGGAUGUUUUGCUCAUGUUUUACAGUGGUUAAAUGUGUCCUUUGAUGUUUUUUCACAAUGUGAAUAAAUAAUGUACAUUAUCAGCCCUUUUAAACGCACCCAACCUGAACAAUGAUGGGUGAGGCUCUCUGACUCUGUGUGCACACAGGUGCACGUUUAAGGAAAACCUUGGUCAUACCUUAACUAUUGCUGUAUCUACUAUGGAGACCUUCAACUAUAUUUAACUCAAUAAUAAGAUUAUUUUUUUUCUUUUGAAAUCAGAGAACAAAUAUGAAAAAUCAUCAUAUAACUAAGGAAAUAUGCUUGUAGUCUGUAGACUCUGGGAAUUCUGCCAAUUCAUCUUAUCAACAAUUGACCUUUGCCCUGUUAUGUAUUGUGCACAUUUUGAAAAAAGGACAAGGCAACUCUAUAUGUAUUCUGUAUUCAAAAUUCUAAAUGCGAUCAACUCUGUAUUCACUAUUCUAAUUGUGAUUGUAUUCACAAUUCUAAAUGUGAUCGAGUCUGUAUUCACAAUUUUAAUUAUAAUUGACUCUGUAUUCACAAUACUACGUGAUCAACUCUGUAUUCACAAUACUAAAUGUGGUAGACUCUGUAUUUACAAUUCCAAAUGCAAUAAAGUCUGUAUUCACAAUUCCAAA